AUGACGAAAAAGAGGAGGAUAGUGGGAAACGCCAGAACACCCGGGUGGGAACGAGAUGACCUAGGGUAUAUCGCAAAGCCUGACGAGAUAUAUGAGAUUCGCGCCCUCAAGAAUAUUGGACUUAUGAAAUUAGUAUGGGUCCACGCGACUCCAUGCCGCAAACCUUUGCUGGAGGCUGCGUGCGCUCUCAUUCCGGCUCUGGAGAUCGAGCUGGAUCCACGGAUGAGGGAACUGAAAUGGGUCGAGUCAUUUCUUAUUAAAUGCUCGAAUCUGAAGCAGCUAUGCGUGAGAUUCGCAACCUGUGGGGGCUACAUUCCAGGUCUGCACCAUCGCUUUUUCAACGACAUUGCUGCUACGCCGCGAGUGGUGCCUCCCGUCGAGACACUCAUGCUCGUAACAAAUGGGUUUACACAAGCCCAGCUUACGAAGUUCGUGGGCCGGUUCAAGGAUACAAUCCGCUCAAUUGAACUGUGCGACAUUCACAUCGACGAAGACGGAAGUUGGGCAUCGUUCCUUGGGUGGCUGCAAGAGAAUAUACCAAACCUAGAAAGAUUCGAAUUUCAGGCUCUUCAACAUGGACGUUGGCCAAAUCCCAAGACCGUUUGUUUCGAGUCGAUCUUUAAAGACCCCGAACUGGUUUUUAAAGACAAUCCUCGAACGCAGAACCCCUACGUGGAACUUGCUGGUGGGAGACUUGAAUUGGACACUUACAGGGCCACCCGUGGAAAUGGGCCCGUGUGUAAUGUGGCGUUCAAAGGAUCAAAUGCCGGUGCACGGGAGGCUUUGCGGUUGCUCGCGCUGGCAGCAGUUCCUAGAGCCCUUAGGGAAGGCCUUACUCGGUGUAUGCCUCGAAUUAGGGUAUGGUGA